CUGGCACACCCACAAACUAACCAUGCAGCAAACUCCUUUUGCCCUCACCAAGGAUGGUCACCGGGUUGUUUUUUUUUCUUUCAGUGCCAAUAGCGGGUGAGGAGAAAGCCUAACGUCAUAGGACAAUGCGCAUCACGUGACUCGUGACAUUCCGCUAGAUGCCGCCCCCGGAAGGGAGUGAAGAAAAAAAAUACACCUGACCAAAACAAAACGAAAAAAGAAAGUUGCGUGGCGAGAGGAAGCGAGACUCGCACAUCCCUGAGAGGACCUCGUGAUGGAAAUGGACGCUGACAAUCUUUGUCUGAAUUCCUUGACUCUGGAUCCUCAAGAGCUGAAACUCAGGAUACAUUUGGUAACCUGGAAUGUAGGAACAGCGCCUCCCCCUAAAGAUGUCAACUCUUUACUACUCCUUGAUACAUCCUGCUUAGAGAUUGAUAUGUACAUUGUUGGCUUGCAGGAGCUAAAUGCCAAGGUAGUCAAUUUUCUAUCAGACUUGGCCUUCGAUGAUCCUUGGAGUUUGUUCCUCAUGGAUAUUUUGGCUCCUCUCGGCUAUGUCAAGCUUUCCUCUAUCCGGAUGCAAGGACUUCUUCUCCUGGUCUUUGUAAAGCAUAAACAUAUCCCGUUCAUCCAAGACAUUCGUACCAAUUACAUGCGGACUGGUCUCUACGGUUAUUGGGGAAACAAAGGUGGUGUAACCCUCCGCAUGUCUGUUUAUGGCCACAUGAUGUGCUUCAUGAACUGUCAUUUACCUGCUCACAUGGAAAAUACAAACCAGAGGCUUGAUGAUUUUGAACGGAUGCUGGAGGCGCAGCAAUUUGAUGGAGAAAGCGUUGGUAGCAUUCUGGAUCACGAUUUGGUGUUCUGGUUUGGUGACCUGAAUUUCCGGAUUACAGACUUUGGAAUCCACUUUAUUAGAGAAGUGAUAAACGGCAACCGAUACAACCUACUUUGGGAUAAAGAUCAGUUAAAUAUUGCCAAAAAGAAGGAAAAGUUCCUUCAAGGUUUUUUGGAAGGACCACUCAAGUUUAAGCCUACAUACAAGUUUGAUCUGAAUUCCGACGUGUAUGACACCAGAUGGCAGAAAGCACUGUUUGGAUUUAAUGGAAAGAAGCGUAAGCCAGCCUGGACUGAUCGUAUCCUAUGGAAGCUGAAGAAUGCUUCAGAUGAUGAAUCAAGUGAAACCAUAGGAUCGGAGUAUGACCAGGUGUUAAAGGUGCAUUUGGAAAAGUACACCAGUCACAUGAGCUAUGGCAUAAGUGACCACAAACCAGUAACAGGAACCUUCACUGUGCAGAUGAAGCCUCUGCUUGCGUCGGCUCCGGUGUCCCUGAGAGCUGAAGGUGAAUGGCAUGCAGACCAUGACGCCCUGAUAAGCUAUUCUGUGGCAAAGGAUUUUCCCAGCAGCACCUGGGACUGGAUUGGACUUUACCGGGCCAGCUUCAGACAUACGAACGAUUAUGUCACCUACGCCUGGGUCAAGGAUGAUGAGAUUUCCUUUAGUGAAGACUGUAAUCAGGUUUACGUUGGUGCUGAUGAGAUCCCACUUGAUGGAGGGGAGUUUCUGCUGUGCUAUUUUUGUCACAAUUUGCAGUGCCUGGCCGGCGUCAGCGAACCGUUCCAGAUUCAACCAGGCCGAACUUUAGAAGCGAAGGAGGGUGUCCAGAAGAUUUCCGAUGGCUCUAGUAUUACUGACAAUUUUAUGGGUGACGGCUUCUGAGUUCCUUACCCAGCGAUGGCGGAGUCUUCUGUAUCACUUUGGUUCCGUUAAGUCUUGUUCAUUUUUAUUGCUGGGGUAUGCAGUGACCGACACGAUCUCAGUUGAGCAGAUCAAUAUUAUUUCACAACAGAUGGAGUAGAACAUUUGAACUUGAAAAGGAAACAUGAAAUAACUUUGUUUUUAUGAUUUUAUUUGAGGGGGGUAUUUUAAUGUUUUGUUUUUUUAUUUAUUUUUCAAACAAUCCGGUUCAUUUCAUUUCACUUUGGUUCAAGCACUGCGAGUCACUUUGCUCCGUGGUCUCUUAUUCUGUUUAACCCUUUAAGUUCCAGGGGGAGGGCAUAAAACCCCUUGCAUUCAAUGGGUUAAAGCAGUGUCGUGCUUUAAGAUGCUCUAACUUGUUGCCUUGUAACGCAGCUGUGUCUUUCUUCAAGUGACCUUUUACAACAUUUUGUAAGUGCUGGAGACUUGUUAAAUGUUUACAGUUUAGAAUACAUCGUUAUCAGCAUGGGCAUUUAUGACAUUCUGGACUUUUUAAAGCGUUGUCAACACACACAAAUGAAGCUUUCGAUUG